AUGGGAUCUAAGAAGAAAGGGAGACUGGUUUUGUGGCUGUGUGUGGGAGACGCGUAUCUCGCCAACGCCGCUUAUUUCGCCAAAGGCCACAUGAAAUUUCGCAUGGUUCUGUCAAUCGGAGUUUCAAUUUCAAAAAACCGUUCUCCCUUACUAUACGACCUCACUGUCCAAAAUUGGAAAAAUGGGCAAUGGGUAAACAUGGGAAUGGGAAGGUGGAGAAUGGAGAAAUGGGGUGAAUGGGGAGAUGGGAGGAGGAGGACGGGAGGAUGGGAGAACAGGAGAACAGGAGAACAGGAGAACAGGAGAACAGGAGAACAGGAGAACGGGAGAUAG